UUAUCAUUAUUUAUUAUAAUAUAUAUCAGGAAGAAUAGUUUAUUCUCCAGCACUAAAAAUGUUGGGAAGAAUCCUCAGACCCGUACCUAUUACCAAGGAUGUGUACCCUACUUUUAAUCUUUUUAAAUUUAGUACUUCUUUUCUUUCUAUUGUUACGUCAUUACAAUCGUAUACAAUGUUUUAGGAUGAUCAACGGGAUAAUCGAAUUUGACAGAAAAGUCGAUGGACUUCCACUGACGGUAUUGGGAGAACUAACAUGUUUGAUGACAAAAUACAACAUGUUUUGUACAAAAUAUAAUUGGAAUAUAUUUUUGGUCGCGGUGCUCAUGUCUUACAUCAGUCUUCAAAUAUGUUCAUUGUUGCUGUGGCCGCCGGCAAGAUUUGACUUCAGCAUCGUCGUUAAAUAUUUUUUCGAGACACCGUGCGUAACGGAGUUCGUGAUUUUCGUCACGGCGUACUUCUAUUUCCACAAUUUGGGAUCUAGAUUCGACAUGUUGAAUAGUCUCUGUAAGCGAUUACCCGACGGACUUGUCACCGCUGCCGACACACCGACACAAUCCGAAAUCACUCAUUUAAUAGAAAAUAUACGGUUAUUACACGCCGAACUGUGCGAAUUGUUGCGUACCUUUAGUCUGGGCUACGGCGUGGUGAUGUUGUUUUUCUUUGUGUUCAAUUUUUUGGAUCUUUUGCGGAAUAUUUACUAUUUAUUACACAUGUCCAGAUAUUCAUCGUCCAAAAAGAGUGUUAACUUUAGCGCUUUAAACAUCAUAAUGAUCGUUGUGUUUUGCUCACAACACGUCAUCUUCGUUUUGAUUUUACUAAUUACUGUAUCUUGGAUAAAUACAAAGAAAAUGAAAAUAGUUUCAUUUCUAAGAUUAAUACAUAUUUCAGAACUACCACUUGAUACUAAGUUACAAAUUAAAAUGUUUAUGAAUCAAUUACCAACUUUUGAAUGGGAUCAAAUUACAGCUUAUGGAUUUUUUCCAAUAGAUUUGAGAUUCGUACUAUCGUUUCUCUUAUUACUUACAACAACAUUGGCCACAUCGGUACAAAUGAAAGAAAAUCCAUACGUGAUUAAAUUUAACGACGCCUAUCAUUCAUAUUUAAAGUUCGAGUACUUAGACUUGCAUGAAUAA